AUGCAGACUGACGAACAGGAUAAGCUAAGUAGUUUAGCGUACGUGCAGGUUAAACCACCACCACAAGUCGUGUCGUCAUUGCAAGAUGUACCGACUCUGCAAAUCAAGCAACCGCUGCAAGAUUCAUCGUCAUCACAAGUCAUGACACCAUCACAAGUCAUGGCAUCAUCACUACCAGACUUAUUCUUCUCCAUUUACACAAAAAAUAAAAGUGUCAUGACAUCAUCACGGAUUGAACCAACACUGCAAGUUAUGUCAACAAUACAAGGUUCGUCAUCACAACAAGACAUGACGCGACUACAAGUCAUGACAUCAACACCAAACACACCGCCGCUACAAGUAAUGCCAUCGUUGCAAGUUAAGCCAUCGCUACAAGUCAUGUCAUCAUUACAGGACGCACCGACAAUACAAGACACGCUUCCGCUACAAGUCGCGCCACCAAUACAAACUGAACCACCACCGCAAGUUAUAUUAUCAAUGAAAAUUGCAUCAGCACUUUAA